GAAGAUGAGGCUCGAGAAAAAAAGGGAAAACGGUGAGCGAAAAAUGGACAAAAGAACAAGAAGAGGCGUUGGCGAAGGCGUGGGUACAUUGUUCUACCAACAAAAAAAGGGCAAUCAACAAAGUCGCGAAAGUUUUUGGGGUAAAAUUUUAGAGCACUUUAACAAAACUAUCGGUGGAAGUAACCGGACCGUUCAUCAAGUACGGUCUAAAUGGAACCCGAUGCAUGCGAAAAUAAACUUUUUCAACGGCCUAUACCAACAAGCGGAUCGCACACGAGCAAGCGGAUGUAAGGAUCUCGACGUGAUGAAAGUCGCGUUAAAAGAAUUUAAAGAAAGAUUUCCAAGCGGUUUUCAACACAUCGAGGCGUGGGAGGUCGUUCGAAGACACGAGAAAUGGGCCCAAGUCCCAUUGAUGGGUGAGGAAGGUGAAGGUUCGGCACAUAAAAGAAAGCCCGUUGACGUGGACUUUUCGAUACCGGAUAUGAACGAAGAUCCCGCGCCACAAAGAGCACAACGGCGAGACAAGCGUCAAGCUACAUCGUCCGAGGGAAGCUCGGCCGAGUUGGCGGCACAAUUCAAAGUGUACACCGCCAUGAAAGAAGCGAAGCAAGCGGUAGAAUUGGAGGCGACCGAAUUGAGGAAAAAAAGAGAGUCGGAGGCUCGCGAGCUCAUAUCGGCACAACUCGAGACGAUGAAAAACUACAAUUUCGAUCGAGAUAUGAAAACAUUCCUUAAGCCGCACGACGAUGUUCCGCCAAGUAUGUUGCCGAUCAUCCUCGCCCGAAAGCGAGAAAUCGCUAACAAGUACGGGUGGCCAUGCGAUUUCUAAAAUUUUAGUUUUCUAGUUUUAAUGUAAUUUUUAUUUUCUACUUUGAAUGUGUUUUUUAUUUUCUACUUUGAAUGUGUUUUUUAUUUUCUACUUUGAAUGUAUUUUUAUUUAAA